AUGAAUCGGCCAACGUCUCAUCCAGAACAACGACUACUUCUCGUUCGAGUCUCUGAAGACCCAAACGAGAGUCACCUCAUCGUGACCUACUUCAAACGUCUUCAUGAAGAGGAUGCAAACAAUAAUGACACAACACCUUCAUCCUCUUCAGACGACGUCGAUACGAUCCAGUUUACUGUAAAUAUAACGAUCGAGGAAAUCACCAAGUUCUUCGACGAGCAUCCGUUCAGCCACAUCUUCACAAUUGGUCCCGAGCCGAUUCGCCAUUAUCUCAUUCCGUUAUUCGUGCGGAACGAGCAAUAUGUUCCGCACCAGCUCCUUCAUUACUAUGAUAUUCUCGCAUUAAACCCGAUGCUUCAAGAGAUCGAAAACUCGCAAAUCGACAUCAAGGUGGCUCGAAGAAUUCUCGAUUUGAAUGAAGAACAACUCGACAAAAUCCACAAAAUCGUCGAUUUGGAGUAUAAAAGUGCACCAAUAACCGACGAGACUUCGCCUCAAAUCAACGCCGAAAAUGUGGUGUGUCGAGCGAGAGGAUUACCUUGGCAGGCGUCGGAUCAGCACGUCGCACAAUUCUUUGCCGGACUCGACAUAAUACCUGGUGGAAUUGCUUUAUGUUUGUCAUCAGAAGGCCGUCGAAAUGGUGAAGUGCUCGUCCAAUUCGCCAAUCAAGAAUCACGCGAUUUGGCGUUGAAACGUCAUCGAAAUUUCCUGCUCUCCAGAUACAUUGAAGUCUACAAAGCAACACUUGAUGAAUUCCUUCACGUGGCUUCAGGCUCCUCCUCCGAAGCAAUGGAAUUCUUGAGCCAAAAUGGGGUGAUUGUGCGAAUGCGCGGAUUGCCCUACGAUUGCACCGAUCAACAAAUUAAGGCGUUUUUCGAGCCUCUCAAACCAAUGGAGAAUAUUUUGUUCAUUACUCGCAACGAUGGCCGUCCAACAGGUGACGCAUUCGUGCAAUUCUCCACCGAUGACGAAUGCAACCAGGCGCUCCAAAAACACCGCCAAACGAUUGGCCAGCGCUACAUUGAGCUGUUCAAAAGCACCGCCGCCGAAGUGCAGCAAGUCAUGAAGCGCAGCAAGGAUCCGAACACCGCGGUUUCGGCGAGCUCGUCGGCGAUCGCGAACGCCACCGCCGCCGCCGCCGCCGCUGCCGCCGUUGCGAUUCCGGCUCUAUUGGAGCAGCAAGACGAAAAACGCCGCGAUUGUGUUCGUCUCCGCGGAUUGCCUUAUGAGGCUCAGGUGCCGCACGUCAUCACCUUCUUGGGCGAGUACGCGCAAAUGGUGAAAUUCCACGGCGUCCAUAUGAUCUUCAAUAACCAGGGCAACCCGUCCGGUGAGGCGUUCAUACAAAUGAUCAGCGAGCAAGCCGCUCUCGCUACUGCUCUCGCCGUCCACAACAAAUACAUGGUUGUCGGCAAGAAGAAGAGAUACAUCGAGGUGUUCCAAUGCGCCCCGGAGGAUUUGAACCUUCAGCAUUUGGUGAAGAACGGACAAGCGAUGUCGCAGCCGCCUGUCCAGUUCCUUCCGCCGCCGCAAGCUCUCAUCGGACAGCAGCAACAGCAAUUCUGGACUUCGUAUCCGUCUCCACCGAUUUCGCCGAUCGUGCCGGGUCAAAUCUCGCAGUUCAUUGUUUACGGUCUCACAGCGAACAUAACGUAUCAGGAUCUCUUCAAUCACUUCAGUACUCCGGAAGUGAGCGUUGAGAACAUCGCUUUCACGCGUUUCCCAUCGCCAAUCUGUUCCGGUGAAGCACUAAUCACUGUCCGAUCUCGUCAAAGCCCGAUUAAAGCGCCACCAAACGGCGUCGCGCCAAUGCAGGCACCGCUCUUGCAUAAUUAUCCAUUCCCGCCACACCAAUACGUUCCACCAUCGAUCAUCAUGGAGCAAUAA